AUGAUGGAGGACAGGACGCCAGGAUUCAUGAAGCUCCUGUGGAUUCUAGGACUUUUCUGCCUGUGGAUUCCAGCGCACGCUCAGAUGAAGAUUCCCCCAGAGACGGUGCAGCAGUGGGCGUUGGUGUUCUCUGUUCAGCUUCGAGACCUCACAACCAAAUACUCGGGCUCUCAGCUGCUACAGAAGAAACUGAAAGAUGUGGAGUCCAUCAUUAAGAUUGUGGAGCUGGACGGAGACCGCUUGGUGAAGGAGUAUUCUGAUGAAAUGGAGCGAAUGCUGGGCAGCAAGAUGAAAUCAGUGAAGAGGUUAGCAGAGUCAGCAGAAGACGCCGACCUGUACCACGAAUUCAACGCUUCAUUGAAGUUUGAUUAUUACAACUCCAUGUUGAUCAACACGGUGGACGAGGACGGGAACUAUGUGGAGCUGGGUGGAGAGUUUCCCCUGGAGGAGAACGAACAUUUCAACAACCUGCCAGUGAACACGCAGCAGAGCGACAUCCAGGUCCCCACCAACGUCUACAACAAAGAUCCUUACAUCCUCAAUGCCAUCUACAACUCUGAGGCAUUAAAUGACAUCUUCCUCAGUAACUUUCAGAAAGACCCCACGCUCACCUGGCAGUACUUUGGCAGCUCAACUGGCUUUUUCAGGAUCUACCCCGGUAUUAGAUGGACCCCAGACUCCAAUGGCGUGGCAGCUUUUGACUGCAGGAACAGAAACUGGUACAUCCAGGCAGCCACGUCUCCCAAGGACAUCAUCAUCAUGGUGGACAUCAGUGGCAGCAUGAAGGGGCUGAAGAUGACCAUCGCCAGGCACACCAUCAACACCAUCCUGGACACGCUGGGAGAGAAUGACUUUGUCAACAUCAUCGCUUACACUGACUACGUACGUUACGUGGAGCCGUGCUUCAGAGGCACUCUGGUCCAGGCCGACUUGGACAACAGAGAGCACUUUAAGACACUGGUGGAGGAGCUGCAUGUUAAAGGAGAAGCCAAGAUCAAGAACGCCAUGAAGGAAUCCUUCAAAAUCCUAAACGAGGCGAGGGCGAGCGGUCAGGGCAGCAUGUGUAACCAGGCUAUCAUGCUGAUCACGGACGGAGCCAUGGAGGACUUUGAGUCUAUCUUUGAAGAGUUCAACUGGCCGGAGCGCAGGGUGCGAGUCUUCACCUACCUGAUCGGCAGAGAGAUGACCUUCGCUCAAAACACCAAGUGGAUCGCCUGCAACAACAAAGGUUACUACACACACAUCUCCACACUGGCCGAUGUGCAAGAGAACGUCAUGGAGUAUCUGCACGUGCUCAGCCGGCCAAUGGUCAUCAACCACGACCACGACAUCAUCUGGACCGAAGCCUACAUGGACACUGUGCUUCCCAACACCAAAGAGCUCUUCAACACCAAGGCUCAGAGUCUGCUACUGAUGACCUCUGUGGCCAUGCCGGUCUUCAGCAAGAAGAAGGAGACGCUGUCCCACGGGAUCUUGCUGGGUGUGGUCGGCUCGGACGUCCCGCUGAUGGAAGUGAUGAAGCUGGCACCCAGAUACACGCUGGGAGCUCACGGCUAUGCCUUCCUCAUCACCAACAACGGGUACAUCCUGGCUCACCCUGACCUACGACCUCUGUACAAAGAUGGAAAGAAGCUGAGGCCGAAGCCGAACUAUAACAGUGUGGAUCUGUCUGAGGUGGAGUGGGAGGACACAGACGAGCUGCUGAGAACAGCCAUGGUGAACGGAGAGACGGGCAGCAUCAGCCUGAGCGUCAGAGCGUUGGUGGAUAAAGGGAAACGACCUCUGUACCUCAUCAAUGAAUACUUCUACACAAACAUCGAUGAGACACCUUUCAGCUUGGGCGUCGUGCUGACUAAGGGUCACGGAAAGCUGGCGUUCAUGGGAAACGUGUCCGUGGAGGAAGGGCUGCAUGACCUCACCUCCCCAGACCUCAGCAUCGCCUCUGAGUGGACUUACUGUGAGACGGACAUCGACCCUGCUCACCGAAAAUACAACCAGCUUCAGGCUGCCAUCCGCUACCUGCUGGGGAAGGAGCCCGACCUCGAGUGUGAUGAAGUGCUGCUGCAGCAGACGCUGUUUGACGCAGUGGUGACGGCUCCACUGGAGGCCUACUGGACCGCCCUGAUGCUCGAUGACAAGGUGGAGCCGGGGGUGGAGACAGCCUUCCUUGGUACCCGUGCUGGCCUGAUGAGGAUCACGAGAUAUGCAGGGGUGGAGACCAGAGUGGCCAAGAGGUUCCUGUCUCCGUCUGAUAAAGACAACCUGUUCACCAUUGAUCACUUCCCUCUGUGGUACCGACUGGCUGUGGAAAACACUCCUGGAACCUUCUACUACUACCCCGUCAACGACAAAGGAGUGAAGUACGUCAUCGCAACAACAGCAGUGACCGUGUCAUCUGAAGGAAAGACGGCCAUGGCUGGAGCCAUUGGGCUGCAGAUGUCCUUGGAUUUGCUGGAAAAGAGGUUCUGGGCCAUCGCCAAGCAGCCCAGCGACACAGACUGUGCGAACGUUGACGGCGUGUGUCCACUCAGCUGUGAGAGUGUUGAUCUGAACUGUUUCCUGGUUGACAACAACGGCUUCAUCCUGCUGUCCAAAGAGAGGAGCGAGGUUGGUCGGUUCUUUGGCGAGGUGGACGGGUCUGUCAUGGCGUCGCUGGUCAAGAUGGGAAUGUUCAAAAAGGUGUCGCUGUUUGACUACCAGGCAAUGUGUAGGAACAGCCACCAUCAUGCCAGCAGUGCUCGGCCUCUGCUCAGCCCAUUCUACAGCAUCGCGGCCCUAAUGAGAUGGUUCUUUUCCAAUGCACUGAUGAUCCUGCUGGACCUGAACCUCUGCAGCCUCUGGCAUCCAGACUAUUUUGUGGACGCCAAGGCUGGGUAUCACACAACUCAUAAGCAGAAGAAGGUGGAGCCGCUGCUGCCCUGUGACACGGUGUAUCCCGGCUUCAUGUAUGACCCCUCUGUCAGAGAAGCCAACAGCCUCAUCAAGUGUGGACGCUGCCAGAAGAUGUUUGUGGUGCAGCAGAUUCCUGACAGCAACCUGGUUGUGGUUGUGACUCAGGCCGACUGUGACUGUUCCCGUCAGUACGGACCGAUGCUCCUGGAGCCCGAAGAGCUCAAAUAUAUCCUUCACUUACUGAGACACAGUGAGGCCGCCCCCUGCUGGUCACAAGCAGCUGGUCAGUGCAGUGAGGACAGCAGAUUGACGCUGAGAUAUCAGCUCUAAAACGAUGUCAAGCUGUUCUCAGGCUCGAGCGGCCCGUUUUCCUUAACAGCAGUGAACAUAACGCCUCGGUGAAGUGCAACAGGAUGAGGUCCCAGAAGGUGCGGCGGCGCCCACAAUCCUGCCACGCCUACCACCCAAAGGAGAAUGCUAAGGACUGUGGUGGGGCGUUGGCCCUCUCCGUGUCGUCCUCGCUCUUCUCUGCCUCUCUGCUCAUUUCGAUGGUCCUCCACCGCUGGGUGUAAACCAGGACUGGCCGACUAAUCAGGAGGCAACAGCAAGGACUUCAAGGACUAAUCAGGGAACGGACACCUAAAGGAGGUUUUGUACUGUCUGAGAGACACAGGGACACCUCAGAUGAUUUUUGUCCUGUUGUUGAGACAAGUAUUGGCUCAGUCUGAGCAGAGUUGAAGGGCUGUUUACUGAAAAUCACUUACUGUUUUGUUGUUUUACUAAUUAAGCUUUAUGUGGCCCUGUGCCUGAAACAUGUCUAAAUACUA